GAGUUGAUGUUUCGUGUGCAGCGAGGCAAAGCAUUCACCGCGAAGCGUUUGGUUUGGCGUUUUUUAGCAUUCAACACCUGUGCGUUCCUUUCGCGAAAGUAACGGAGCCAAUCUUCUUCGUCACCAUCACCCCCAACCAAAACCCAUUUGCUAGGACCAGUAUGUUGCAGAGACCUCGACGACGCUGCGAGGGCACGGCCAUGGGCGCCAUCGUGCUAGAUCUCCGCCCCGGCCUUGGAAUCGGACCCUUCUCUAUCGGAAUGCCAAUAUGCGAAGAAUUUGCUCAGAUAGAGCAGCAGCCCAACAUUUAUGACGUCGUCCACGUGAAGUAUUAUGAUGAGGAGCCUCUUAAGUUGGAUAUUGUUAUCAGCUUUCCAGAUCAUGGUUUUCAUCUUCGGUUUGAUCCUUGGUCACAGAGGCUGCGUCUUGUUGAGAUUUUUGAUAUAAAACGACUUCAAAUGCGCUAUGCCACUUCCUUGAUUGGGGGACCAUCCACUCUAGCUACUUUUGUAGCUGUAUAUGCACUGUUUGGGCCAACCUUUCCUGGAAUUUAUGACAAGGAUAGAGGUGUCUACACUCUAUUGUACCCAGGACUUUCCUUUGCUUUUCCAAUUCCUAACCAGUAUACAGAUUGCUGCCAUGAUGGAGAAGCGGAAUUACCAUUAGAGUUUCCAGAUGGAACCACACCAGUUACGUGCCGUGUCUCCAUUUAUGACAGUUCUACUGAUAAAAAAGUUGGUGUGGGUUCCUUGAUGGAUAAGGCUUCGGCUCCUCCAUUACCAAUUGGCAGCCUCUAUAUGGAAGAGGUGCAUGUUAAGCUAGGGGAAGAAUUAUACUUUACUGUUGGUGGUCAGAAUAUUCCUUUUGGUGCAUCGCCUCAGGAUGUUUGGACUGAAUUGGGUCGUCCUUGUGGGAUACAUCAAAAGCAGGUAGACCAAAUGGUUAUUCAUUCUGGAUUGGACCCUCGUCCACGGACAACGCUGUGUGGCGAUUACUUCUACAAUUACUUUACCCGUGGUUUGGACAUUUUAUUUGAUGGGCAGACUCAUAAAAUCAAGAAGUUUGUUUUGCAUACAAACUAUCCUGGUCAUGCAGAUUUCAACUCAUACAUAAAGUGCAAUUUUGUCAUCUUUGCUUCUGACUUAGGGGGUUCUUUUCAGGAGGUAAAUAACUACCAACACAGGAUUACACCAAGCACAAAGUGGGAGCAAGUGAAGGAAAUCCUUGGGGACUGUGGCCGAGCUGCCAUCCAGACACAAGGUUCUACAAGCAAUCCAUUUGGAUCUACUUUUGUAUAUGGUUAUCAAAAUGCGGCAUUUGAGGUGAUGAAGAAUGGUUACAUUGCAACUGUGACUCUUUUCCAGUCAUGAUCUUGUUGCUUCUACAGGUGGGACUUUUACUGUCUGUGAAAGCGGCUCAUACUGUUAGCAAAUGUGAGAAUGCCAGGGAGCGAUGACAAUUGUACAGUUAUGUAGAUCGACUUGUACAGAAUAAAUCGUACUGUAAAAACAUGUAAAUACUAUCUUCUGUUAUGAUUGAAAAUGGAAGUUUAUAACUUCUUGUAUGCUCAAUCCAUAUUGUACGUAUGAUGAAGUUCACAAUCGAUCGCCAGUUGCUUUCUUGCAACCUACAAAGCCUGUCCAUAGUGCCAGAUUUCUUGUAACCGGCUCUGCCUGCCAAUCGUUGGGGCAUGACAAUAUCAAUGUACAUAUGAUCAACGUAAAAAUAGGGAUUCAUUUA